ACUCACACACACCACACACACUCCAUGCUACACCGUUGACUCUCUCUGUGUGGUGAGUGAACAGUGAGCUCCAGGUUACCUAUGAACAGCAGUCUCUCUCCUAUCUUUUCUACUGGAUUUGAGAUGAUAUCGUUGCACCGCUAGCUAGCAUCCAGAAGGAGUAAUGGAGUGGACCACCAUGUAGACAGUCUGCAGCCAGAGACAGGAGAGAAGCUAGAAGCUGCAGAAUGGGAACAUAACCUCUGGAGCGGCUCCUGCCAUGAAAAGAAGCGCACUAAGAACAGAAGGGAUGUUAUUAUCUUGUGCACGGUCCUCUGCUCCUCUCGCUGGUCUAACUUGCUUCUCUUAGUGUUCUCCUGGAUGGUCGUGUGGUUGGUUAUACGGUAUUUAUUACGGGAACUGUCUGUAUCUCAAACCGAGGAUUUAGAUGUUUCGCCCUCUGUCUGUCCGCGCGUGCUGCAGCAUCACAGCUCUUUCUCUCUCUCUCUGACCUAGAGAUCUAUCGUCUGGUUUCUCCGGUAUCACCGGGCACAUUCCAGUGUCAUUCAUCCCUCUCUCUCUCUCUCUCUCUCGCUUUCUCUUUCCCUUUCUUUAUUUUAAGAAUCUCUCUUUCUCUCAACCUACACGACUCAUUUGAGUUUUUUUUCUGCGUCAAGAUACUGAGCAGCUAGUCAAGUCACCAUGGGGGACCUGAGGAACAGUGAUUAUUACGCUAAGAACCAAGGAAACGAUGUCAGCAGUAACCACGAGGGGGGCUUUGGGGUCUCGGUCAUGGAGCUGCGCGACCUCAUGGAGCUGAGAGGCAGCGAGGCGGUGGUUAAGAUCCAGGAGGAGUACGGGGACAUGGACGGGCUCUGUCAACGGCUCAGAACAUCACCCACAGAAGGCUUAACAGGAGAUGACCUAGAUAAGAGGAAAGAAGUGUAUGGGGGAAACCUUAUACCUCCGAAGAAGCCAAAGACCUUCCUCCAGUUAGUAUGGGAGGCCCUGCAGGACGUGACUCUGAUCAUCUUGGAGGUGGCUGCCCUGAUCUCUCUGGGACUGUCCUUCUAUCAGCCUCCGGGAGGGGACAGCGGAGAUGAUGGCUGUUUAACAAGGCCUGGAGGGAGCAAAGAUGAGGGUUUACAGUCCAAGGCCGGCUGGAUCUACUGUCCUGGGUUUACAGCCAUCUUGCUGUCUGUCUGUCCUGUGGUUCUGGUGAACUCUUCCUGGCCUUGUGGGAGAUCUGUUUACGACUGGACUGUCAAGGAGAAGCAGUUCAGAGGGCUGCAGAGCCGCGUCGAGCAGGAGCAGAAGUUCCAGCAGGCCAGAGGUGGAUGUUUAUUAUGGAUCCCCGUAGGCGAGCAUUUGUGUGGUGUUUCAGGUGACCUGCUUCCAGCCGACGGAGUAUUGAUACAGGGGAACGAUCUGAAGAUAGACGAGAGUUCACUAACAGGAGAGUCUGAUCACGUCAAGAAAGACGCCGAUAAGGACCCCAUGCUGCUGUCUGGUACCCAUGUGAUGGAGGGUUCGGGCAGGAUGCUGGUAACAGCUGUAGGGGUCAACUCUCAGACCGGCAUCAUCUUUACUCUGCUGGGUGCCGGAGAGCCAGUGGAGGAGGAGAAGAAGAAGGAGAAAGACUUCCCCCAUCCCUCUGCCCACCCCAUCGCAACUAUAGCCACCGAUGGUACUGCAGGCGGUAUUGCACCUGGCAAUGCCAGCCUAGGUAAUGGUAAAAUACAGGAUGACAAUAUGGAGAACAACCAGACUAAAGUCAAGAAGCAGGACGGAGCGGCCGCCAUGGAGAUGCAGCCUCUGAAGAGCGCCGAGGGAGGAGAGAUGGAGGAGAAGAAGAAGGCAAACGUCUCCAAGAAGGAGAAGUCUGUCCUCCAGGGGAAACUGACCAAGCUGGCUGUUCAGAUCGGCAAAGCAGGUCUGGUGAUGUCAGCCAUCACAGUGAUCAUCCUGGUGCUGUACUUUGCUGUGGACAACUUUGUCCUGCAGAAGAGGCCGUGGCUGACGGAGUGUACCCCCAUCUACGUCCAGUACUUUGUCAAGUUCUUCAUCAUCGGUGUCACCGUGCUGGUGGUGGCUGUACCCGAGGGGCUGCCCCUGGCCGUCACCAUCUCCCUGGCCUACUCUGUCAAGAAAAUGAUGAAAGAUAAUAACCUGGUUCGCCACCUUGAUGCGUGUGAGACGAUGGGGAACGCCACGGCCAUCUGCUCCGACAAGACUGGCACUCUGACCACCAACCGCAUGACGGCCGUAGCGUGCUACGUUGGAGACGUCCACUAUAAGGAGAUACCGGACCCCGGAGCGCUGACUGCCAAGUCUCUGGACAUACUGGUCAAUGCCAUCUCCCUCAACAGCGCCUACACCACCAAGAUACUGCCUGCCACCAAGGAGGGUGGUCUGCCCAUGCAGGUGGGUAACAAGACAGAGUGUGGCCUGCUUGGCCUGGUGCUGGACCUGAAGAGAGACUACCAACCCAUCCGCAACCAGAUCCCAGAGGAGAAACUCUACAAGGUAUACACCUUCAACUCGGCCAGGAAGUCCAUGUCCACUGUCAUCAAACUAUCAGACGGCAGCUUCAGGAUGUACAGCAAGGGAGCCUCUGAGAUCGUCCUGAAGAAGUGCACUAAGAUCCUGAACCAGGAAGGUGAGCCGCGGGUGUUCCGUCCCAGGGAUAAGGACGAGAUGGUGAAGAAGGUGAUCGAGCCGAUGGCGUGUGACGGGCUGCGGACCAUCUGCGUGGCGUACCGUGACUUCCCUGCCGACCCAGAACCCCUCUGGGACAACGAGAACGACAUCCUCAAUGAGCUGACGGCCGUCUGUGUGGUUGGGAUAGAGGAUCCUGUCAGACCAGAGGUACCAGAUGCCAUUAUAAGGUGCCAGCGUGCGGGAAUCACGGUGCGCAUGGUGACAGGUGACAACAUCAACACGGCCAGGGCCAUCGCCAUCAAGUGUGGCAUCAUCCACCCUGGAGAAGACUUCCUGUGUAUCGACGGAAAGGAGUUCAACAGGAGGAUCCGCAACGAGAAGGGAGAGGUUGAGCAGGAGCGCAUGGACAAGGUGUGGCCUAAACUGCGAGUCCUGGCUAGAUCCUCCCCUACUGAUAAACACACACUGGUUAAAGGCAUCAUAGACAGCUGCUUGACAGACCAGAGACAAGUGGUGGCGGUGACAGGAGACGGGACUAACGAUGGACCAGCCCUGAAGAAGGCUGACGUGGGCUUUGCCAUGGGUAUAGCCGGUACAGACGUGGCCAAGGAGGCGUCUGACAUCAUAUUAACGGACGAUAACUUCAGCAGCAUAGUGAAGGCUGUGAUGUGGGGGAACGUCUACGACAGCAUCUCCAAGUUCCUCCAGUUCAGUUGUCAACAGCUGACUGUCAACGUGGUGGCUGUCAUAGUGGCCUUCACUGGGGCCUGCAUCACACAGGAUUCUCCCCUGAAGGCGGUCCAGAUGCUGUGGGUGAAUUCUCCCUGGGACACCUUUGCGUCCCUGGCCCUGGCGACGGAGCCCCCCACCGAGGCCCUGCUGAUGAGGAAGCCGUACGGACGCAACAAACCGCUGAUCUCCAGCACCAUGACCAAGAACAUCCUGGGACACGGCAUCUAUCAGCUGGUCAUCAUCUUCUCCCUGCUGUUCGUCGGUGAGCAGAUCUUUGACAUAGACAGUGGUCGUCACGCUCCUCUCCACUCCCCUCCGUCAGAACACUACACCAUCAUUUUCAACACCUUCGUCCUCAUGCAGCUCUUUAAUGAGAUCAACGCCAGGAAGAUCCAUGGAGAGAGGAACGUCUUCGACGGAAUCUUCAGGAACCCCAUCUUCUGUUCCAUCGUCUUCGGAACCUUCGCCAUCCAGAUUGUGAUCGUACAGUUUGGAGGGAAGCCGUUCAGUUGUACUCCUCUGGAUUUGGAGAAGUGGGGCUGGUGUACCUUCCUGGGACUGGGAGAGUUAGUCUGGGGACAGGUGAUCGCCACCAUCCCUAACAGCAAGCUACGGUUCCUGCGAGGGGCAGGCCAGCUGACCAAGAAGAACGAGAUGCCUGGGGACGAAGACAUGAACGAGGACAAUGAGGAGAUUGACCACGCGGAGAGGGAGCUGAGACGUGGACAGGUCCUCUGGUUCAGGGGGCUCAACCGCAUUCAGACUCAGAUUCGGGUCGUGAACGCAUUCCGUAGCUCUCUCUACGAAGGCCUUGAGAAACCAGACUCCAGACCGUCCAUCCACAACUUCAUGACCCACCCAGAGUUUAGGAUAGAGGACUCCACCCCCCACAUCCCCCUGAUUGAUGACACUGACUUAGAGGAGGACCCAUCGCUGAGGAACACCCACCAGCCCCAGACAGGCAGCCAGCCCCAGUCCCCCAACAAGAACAACAACGCCGUCGACAGCGGCAUCAACCUCACCAUCGACACCACCAGUAAAUCAGCUGCAUCCUCCGGCCCAGCCAGCCCACUGCACAGUCUGGAGACCUCCCUCUAG